AUGAUACUGCAGAAUCAUCUCGAACGGGGUGUCCGCGUCAAAGUGGGCCAGCACUUCGGAACGAUCCGAUACGUGGGCGAGGUACCAAAUACGGAAGGCGAAUGGAUCGGUAUCGAAUGGGACGAUCCCGAGCGCGGAAAACACUCGGGCAACAUCAACGGGGUGCAGUACUUCCAGACAAGAUUGCCGAUGUCGGGCUCGAUGAUCCGUAGCGAGAAGCUCACCAAGUUCCAAACGCUCGAGGAGGCCAUCACCGAGAAGUACAUCAUGACCGAGGACACGGUGCGCAUGGACUCGGAGAUGAUUCGGGCGGUGCAGAAGCAGCUGCAGGCGUCCGUGUUUGAGAUCGUGGGCAUGGAGAAGGUGGGCGGAAAGCAGAGCAACCUGCACCAGCUGGUGGACGUUUCGGUUCGGUAUUGUCCCGUGAAUGCAGCCGGAGCCCUGCGCAGCCUCGUGAACCUGCAGAUGCUCGACGUGUCGUCGACGCUCCUGUGGAACUGGACCGUUGUUGCGAAUAUUGCCGAGCAGAUCCCGACACUAAAGGAGCUGAAUCUCUCCAACAACCGAUUCGUUGAUCCGUACGAGGAGCAGAUCAGCGUUUUUGCGCAAAAAUUCCAGAACAUUCGCAAAAUCAUUCUUAAAAAUUGUGCCCUCGGCUCGUGGACGGAGCUGGUCCGGUUGGCACGAAUGUGGCCCGCCGUCGAGUUUCUCUCGCUGGAGGCAAAUGACAUACAUUCCGUGGAGGACGAAGCGCCCUACUUUGUGGCCCUGAGCCGUCUGAAGAUACUGGAUCUGCAGAAAAACGCCAUCCGCGAUGUCGAUUCGCUGCGCAACCUUGGCAAACUGCCGGCUCUCGAAGGCCUGUUCCUAAACGGGAACGGCAUCCGGGAGUUGCGGUUCUCCGAGGACUGCCCGCACAACGAAAAAGUGGAUUUGUUCCCGCAGUUGCGCUCGCUGUACCUACGGGAUAACCCCCUGCAGGACCAGUGCGCCACGUUUAAUGAGCUCGACAAGCUGGCCCAUCUCGAACAUCUCACAAUCGAUUCCGAUCCAAGCGUGAGCUACGAGGAGACGGUCUCGCGUGUCGUUGGCUCUAUCGGCGGGCUGCGGAUGUUCAAUCGGGCGGCGAUAUGCGAGAAGCUGCGGCGCGAUUCCGAAUGCGACAUGUGGAAACUGUACGCGACCCAGUGGGCGGAAGUGCGCAACGAUGCACAACGGCUGAAGGCGUUCUUCAAAACCCACCGGAUGUAUCCGCGCCUGAUGGAACGUCUGGGCAGUCCGGAACAGUUCCUGCCGGAUACGCGCAAAGCAAGCAACAUGAUCAACCUGCAGCUGGUGAACGAGAUGACGGCGCAGCGGCGCGAGAAGAAGGUCCCGAAGCGGAUCAACCUGCACACGCUCCAGAAUCUGAUCGUGAAGCUGUUCGGGUUGCCGGAGAGCAUGUCCUCGCUACAACUGUACCUGUUGGAUCGGAAGCGUAAGGUGCGAAUACCGCUCGACAACCACGGCAAGAGUCUCGAUUUUUACUCCGUCGAGGAUAACGACACGAUCGCGUUUGAGUGAAGGAAGGAUGCACCGACCGAUCGACCCCUGUCGCAUUUGCUGCACGUGAUUGGAUAUUUAAUACAAAUUUUACGUAUUACCGAGAGCUUCUCUUACCGUACGUGACACAACACUCCCUAUGUAGUCAGAUUGUUUUAUACUCUCGUCACGUUUAAUCCCGUUUGUUAAACACGCCUUUGCGGGCCUCCCCGAGGAGCAGCUGCAGCAUUGCACCGUGAUCGCGGAUGCAAGUGUUCUUUUUUCUAUUCAAUCGUGUUUUUUUUAUUUAACUCGAAUUAAACCACAACAGCACAUAGUGCGAUGUGUUUGUUGUAUUCAA